AGAGUGUUCCUUCCUCCGCAACCUGCCCUCAUUACAACAUAUUUAACCUAAGAGACAAUUAAGGUUAAGAGGAUGUCUACCUGUUCAAAAGAUUAUAAUAUCAUUUCCUCUGCUUAGAAAGAUUCCAAUCAUCCCCAGGCCAAGCCAAGCUGUUCUCCCGUUGUGUGCAUAUUCCCAGGAUAACCAUCUCCUUAAGAUAUCCCUUAUUUAGCUUCUUCCCCUCCCUCACCUGCAAGAUUUCCACUUUUCUGGCUCUGCGGAAAUGCUCUGAGCUUUGAUAUUUGGAGCUGCUUGUGAUGUAAAGCUUUGGCCCUUUUGGGUUUUUAUUGUUGAGGGUGAGGAGAAGUUUGACGCUUGAAGGAUGCCUGAGGAAGAGAAAGGAGAAACUCGACAAAAUCCUGAAACGGAGCUGCGGAACGAACCCGAAAAGGAUGAAUCGUACUCCCCGAGAGGAGUCCUGGAUGUUCCGAUUCUCAGCUCCGACUCCGACCAAAGCAGCAGUAGCAGCAGCAGCUUCAGCUUUUCGCGCUUGACUGAGAAAAUCAUCGACUCUCCGAAUGGUGCCCCGAUCAGAAACCCUGCUGCUCAGCCCCAGCGGCACUGGCGGAGCGUGAUCGACUUGCUGAAGAAGAAGUCCUCCCGUAAAUUCUCGACCAUUGCCUUCCUGGGGAGCCUCGAGGGCGGCUCAAGGAAGGGCACGAAGAAGAAGCUGGCGAGGAACUGGAGCGCCGAGGACGGGAUCGACUGCGGGGCCCUGCCGGUGCCGAAGAAGCCCUCCUGGCGGAAUUUCGACCUGGCAGAGCUGUCCGCAGCUACCGAUAAUUUCAGCCCCG